CGUCAGACACACAGCCACAAAAAUCAAACUGAAUCACUCUACCACCAAAUAAUCAAGUAGUGAAGCAACCAACACCACCAACCAACUCUGAAAUACAAAAUAGAAAUUACCUUAUUUAUAAAUACACAAGAGUUAAAACAUCUAUUUAUUAUUACCAACAAACUUAACCUUUAUUAUUAAGUACAGCCAGCCAGCAGCAGCAGCAAGAGAAUAAUACAAUAGUGGUUGGUUAGGAUUUAAUAAGAAGACUUUAUAGUAAUAAUAUAAUGUAUUGACACUACUUUUGACUCUACUACUGCAAAAUAAUAAAAUCAACAUCAUCCACCUUCCACUAACUAUAACAGCAGAUUUUUUUAAUCUCUGUCAAUUCCUUAUUUAAGGAAUAACCACGAUUAAUAAACAAAAGGAAGGAACAAAUUAUUAAAGGGAAUCAUAAUUUCUCAGAGUUUUGUACAUAUUUCGUCCUUCAUAUUACAAAGUACUACUGGUGGUAAUCAAAAGAAAGCAGUUUUUCGAAUUUUUUCUAACUUGGCUAAUUAAGCAGUAUGAAAUGAAUUGGAUUUCUGACAAGAAUAUUUUACUUGAUUUAUGACGACAAGCACAAAAUACGAGAGGUGGCUCAUUUAUUUUUGUAGCAGUUUUAAACCUGACCUCUGACUUUGAGAGAAAUACGACGGCUACUAAAGCAAGAAGACUAAAGGAAUGAUGGCGAUUUUACGUGAAUCAUUUCAUUAUUAUUUGGCCUGGAUUGUGGUUUAAAUAUGUGCAGUGAUGUGAGGUCAAAAGGUCACAAUAUUGUACGGAUUGAAAGUCAGGAAGGAGGAUCCAGUGGUAGAAGAAAGAAAGAGUGAAAACACGGUUCCGAGCUGGUAGUACAAGUUGGAUCGAAUCUUCAUUUCAUGGAGAAGUUGUUGGUGAAUAGUGCUGGAAGAAGUUAGUCCGAUCCCGAAGAGCUUGCUGGAGAGAAAUAUUAUACAAAAAGAAAUUACUUCGGCACUGCUAUUUUAUAAAGUUCCUUUCUCUCUCCGUUCAGUUUCUGCAAAAUUGUGUUUGUGACAAGAUAGGAAAAAAAUAGGGCGAAAAAAUAGGAAUAUGUAAUACUACUACGCAACUAUGCGGAUAAGUUUACGACUACGACGGCGGAGAAAGUGAUGGGGGAUGUGGGUUGUGGUGGUAUUAUAGUUUUCUUGAUGAUUUUGAUUUCGUCGUCUUCUUCUUCUUCAUGGGAUGGGAGUGACGAAAGACAACAGGGAGUAAAUUUUCCAACAUAGUGCAUCUCGCAAGAAAUGGCCACGGUUGGUCAGGCGGAGACGCCGACGAAUAACACAAAUAGUAAAGUGAAUAAUUGUGAUAGCAGUGGCAUCAAUAAUAGUAGUGGUAGUAGUGGGUCAAAAUUGGUGAAUGGGUCGGCAAACGACCCGGACUUUUCUUCACCAGAGAACAACAAUGCCAUGAAAGAGGGGUAUCGGUACAACCACGCUCCCCCCGGACCCUACGACCACCAUAAUAGAUUAAAUCAAAACAGUCACCAUCCCGAUCAGCAGCAAAAAGGGGUUGUAGGUGGAGGGAUGGACGGUCAGCAGCAGCAACAAGAAUAUCCCCCACCGCCGCCACACCAGCAACAGUAUCAGCAGUAUCCGCCUUACAGGGCGCAGCAAAGUUACGACCAACAACCUCCACCCCAUCAUAAUAAUGGUCCUGAGAGUUAUCAACAGCACCAGCAGCAACAGCAACAACAUCCAGGGUACCCUCAACCCAUGCGGUAUCCCGGUAAACCUAUGCCCGGUCCAGGAGGAGCACCUGGACCAAAUGUGUCUGGUCUACCCCAACCUCACGGUUAUCCACCCGGACCUGGGGGUAUGAGACCAAACUACCCUGGUGGGGGAGGAAUGGGUGGCGGUGUUCCAGGUCAACAAAGCAUAUCGCAGCAGCCGAGUGGGCAAACCCCCACUUUAAAUCAACUCCUUCAGUCGCCUGGCGGUGCUAAUGCUGGUGCUAGUGGUUCUACUGGAGGUCACAGAUAUCCACCCCCUCCAGCAGGCUAUGAACACGGCAGUUAUCCUCAAAACCCUCCCAAUCAUGCAAAGGCUGACUACUCUCAACAAGGACCAACGGGCUGGCCCCCCGCAAAUAGACCGCCCCCUAAUUCUUAUGCUCAUCCGCCACCCCCACCCUUUCAACAACAACCCCAACAACCUAUGUAUAGACAGAAUGCUCCAGGUGCGGGAAGUAGAGGCGGUGGGCCACCCCAACAACCUGUCUCUGGACCUCCUCCCCAGCAGCAGCAGCAGCAACAACAUCAAAACUAUUACCAACAACAGCAGCAGCAGGGUCCUCACCAUCCCGGCUACCCACCUCCUCCCCCUCAGUCCCCCCACUACCCGCCUCCUCCUCACUCGCAGCAGCGUUAUCCUAGCCCAGGCCCGGGGAUGAGACCGCCCGAUAAUCAACCUCACUACCCUCCUCAACACGCCCCCGGUAUGGCGCCUCCUGAUGCAGGCAAUGGAGGCUCGGAACCACCAAAGUCAACACCCCCUCCCCCUCCGUCGCCAUCACUUGCCAAUCAUGGUCAGAAUCCUCCAUCGCCUCAACAAUCACCUCGCCCAACGCCACAUCCGCCACCCGUUUCGUCCUCUAAUUCCAAUAGUUUACCACCUCCUAAUUCUCCGUCACAUCGACCUCAGGGCUCAAGUCCUUCCAAUAGUUAUCCUGCUCCUGAUGUCGGGGAAGUCACAGGUUGUAAUAGCAAUGAUAGUGUUGGUGGGAUGAACCAACAGCAACCCUGCGGACCAAGACCUUCUCCGUCUCCAACCGGAUCGGCCGGAUCUCGUUCUAUGUCACCGGCUGUGGGAAAUCAAAACAUUCCGAUGCCACCAAGACCUUCUAGUAGUCAAUCAGACGGUACAAGGAUGAGUCAAUCACCGAUGCCAGGCAGUGGUUCCUAUCCUGGUCAAGCAAUGGCACCUCCGCCGCAUCAUAUGCCGUACCAAAGUGGUGGAAAACUUGCGCAUCAAGCUGGAAUGGUUCCUCCCCCUUCGCAAGGAGGAGGAGCAGGACAUUACCCCCAUCAACAACCUAAUCCUCAACAACAGCAUUGGCAACAUCAACAGCAACAAGGCCAGCAAGGGCCAGGAGGAGGUUACGGGCCCCGUGGCCCACCACCACCUCAGCAACAUGGAGGUCACGUAGGAGGAAUGAUGAGUCCGUACCCUCCACCUGUUCAACAACCCAUGCAAGCUAAUAAUUACGGUGGUCCGAGACAUCCAAUGCCAAACCAUGUGGGAGGAGGACCUCCGCCACCACAGCAACAGGGUCCAGGAGGAGGGAAUCAAUAUAAUAGUCCAUACCCUCCUCAUUACCCUUCACAACCACCCCCACAAGGAUGGCCAGGUGCAGUAGCAGGUUCAAACCCACUAGGAACACCCCCUCCUCCCAGAUCUCAGUUGCAUCUCAAGCAACAGUUACAACAUAAACUUGGCUACCCUACUCACGGCUAUCCCAUGGGACCCCCAGGACCAUCUUCACCUUCGCAAACCCCACCACCACCACAUUCUCAUCACCCAGGAAUUAUGCCGGGUGAUUCUCAAGAUGGUGGAAUCAGCAAUCCACCAAAUCUUGUGUCGGUUGGGCCUGAUGGAGCUAAUGUGGAUGAAGUAUCUCAACAAUCUACACUGUCCAAUGCAUCAGGAGCAUCCGGCGGCGACGAUGGACCUCCAAUGCCAAAACUAAGGCCAGAAGGACCAAGACCUCAUCAAAAUUAUCCAAGUCAUCCAACGACACCGCAAAAUAACGCAGUUCCUUCUCCUGGUGCUGCCAGUAUGAAUUCAGUUCACGAAGAAUAUGGGGAAAUGAAUAGUCCUGGUUGGCCACGAACUCCUGCGAGUCCUGGUUUAAAUAGUCACCCUCCACCUCCAAGUGAGCACUUUAAAGGAAAGAAUAAGAAGGCGGAUAGUCUCAACAAAUUAUACGACAUGGAUGAGAAUCCAGAUCGAAGACUUUUUCUAGAUAAGUUGAUACACUUCAUGGAGGAGAACAAUACACCAAUUGCUUCGUGUCCAACCAUCUCCAAGAACCCACUGGAUCUCUUCAGACUUUAUUUAUUUGUUAAAGAGAGGGGUGGAUUUCUCGAGGUCUCUAAAAAUAAGACUUGGAAGGACAUUGCCGGUUCUUUAGGAAUAGGAGCGUCGUCUAGUGCAGCCUACACUUUAAGGAAACAUUAUACCAAACACUUGUUCCCUUUCGAGUGCAAGUUUGACAGGGGUGGAAUUGAUCCUCAGCCUUUGAUUAAUCAAGUUGAAACCUCUACAAAGAAAAAGGGAAAGACAACUGCUCCAGUUCCUUCGCCCGGAUCUUCCAAUUCUCAAGAUUCAUUCCCUGGAAUAAAUAAUAACAAUACAAAUUCGUCGUCAAUGGAUGGGUUCAAUUCUCCACCUUCUUCCAACUAUCCCACAUAUGGACAACCCCCUUCCGGCGGAGAAUAUGGUGGCGCUCCUGGAAGUUCUGGUCCUACACCAAGCCCACUUGCACGACCACCUGGUCCUCCUGGUCAGAAUUCGCAACAACCUCCUCAGCAUCCAGAUCGUGAUAAGAGUCAAGUCAGUGUGUCAAAUCCAUUUGAUGACCAAUAUCCUCAGCAUUAUCAACAACAAUCUAGGCCCAAUUAUUAUCCUCCGUAUUCAUCUCAACCACCUUCUGGGUACCAAGGUGGACCUCCAGGAAAUUAUCCCCCUUACCCAUCCCCAGUAGAGCAGCAGUACCCUGGUCGCCCUCCUGGUCCACUCGUAGAUGGAUAUUCUGGGGGUGUCCAACCACAAGGUGGGUACGGACGCUCAAUGUAUCCUCCUUACGGUGGCGGCGAAGGGUCAGGCCCUACUCCUCAAGGUCCAGGUGGUUAUAGUGGUCAGCCACCUCUUCCACCCCAGUCCGGGUCGCAAGGGCAACAUCCUCCUAACUCUCAGAAUUCAACCAGUGGAAGUGAAGAUAGAUACAAUAUGGCUCCACCCUCUUCAACGCAAGGUGGUGGUGGUGGUAGCGGUCCUCCCCAAGGUUAUCCUCCAAGGGGUCCGUAUCCUCCUUCGUCGAGUGCAAGUCAACAAGGUCCGCCAGGAUCCUCUCCUGUUGGACAACAGCCAGGUGGACCUCAUCCUCCACCUCCUCCUAAUGGUUAUCCGAGUCAACAAGACUAUUACAAUUCCCAAUCACAGACUGAACAGGGUUAUCCACCUGGAGGAAAACAUAUGCCUCCACCACAUCCAAAUCAAGGAAUGCGAUAUCCUCCGGGGAAAGAGGGGGGUGCUCAGGCUCAGCAGUAUCCUGGUUACCCGUCACCCGCUCAAGGUCCUCAGCAAAGAGUUCCGCCCUACGACGGUCAGCCAGGGUCUAACAGCAGGGUUGGUUUUACACCACCCCCGCCACGUUCAUCCCCUUCCCCAUCCCCCAACGUUCCUCCUGCACCAUCACCCACCGCACCUGCACAAAAGCCCUGGAACGCUCCCGAAGGUUGGCCAAACAGUGGAGGUCACUACCCAGGGCAACAACGAGGUUACCCUCCUCCUCCUCCUGGCCCUCAGGGCGCGUCUCCAUCUCCACACACUCCCCCACAAGGAGCAACUCCAGUCCCUGCUCAAAGUCCCGGUUCAACUCCACCACAACAACCCAUUUCACCACAACCUUGGGCUGGAUCCUCUGCUGGAGGGCCUGGAGGAAGACCUGGUCCUCCAAAUUCAAAUGCUCAACAAGGACCCCCUCCACCUCCUCAAGGAGCAACAUGGCCGCAACAACAAGACCCAAGAUAUUCCUCAUCCUCUGCUACUGGAAGCAGUAUUAUGUCUCCGCCAGUUUCCGGUUCCAGUUCUCAUAGUCACUCCUCUCAACCCUCACCUUGGCCAACUUCGAGCGCAUCAGGCCCAUCCCGCUCAUCGGGAGGUGGUCGAUCACCAUUCCCUUCGUCAGGAGGAAAACCUGGACCAGAAAUGUUUAAUAGAGGAUACGGUCCGUCACCAUCGUCUGGCCUUCAACCGUCUCCCUCCGCUGGACCUUCAAAAGGACCAAUGGGACCUCCUGGCAUGAGUCCACAACAGCAGCAGCAGCAGCAACAACAACAGUUAGGGGGACAUCCUGGACAAGGAUAUCCACCUCAUUCAGUCCCAAUGCUUCCUGGUGGUCAAGUAAAACGGGAGAUUAUUUUCCCUCCUGAAAGUGUUGAAGCAGUGACUCCAGUGCUUAGUAGGAGAAGGAAAUUGCACAAGAGUGAUGUGUCUCCAGUUGAGGCUUGGAGAAUAAUGAUGAGUUUAAAAUCGGGACUUUUAGCAGAAGUAACGUGGGCUCUUGAUGUGCUCAAUGUUCUACUUUACGAUGACCAGUCAGUAUCAUACUUUUCCCUGACGUACUUGCCGGGAUUGUUGGAUAUUUUAUUGGAACACUUACGACGAGCCCUCAUCCUUCUAUUUGGACAAAGUGUUGGAAUUGAUUUAACUGCUGAUAAGUUUGAAGAAGAUGUAGGAAAGCCAAUUAAACAACUUCAGUGGUAUGAAAGAGACGACAAAGUUGUUGAGGAAGAACCAGAUCUUGGAACUCCCAUUAAAUCGUUUCCUCGUGAUAGCCAUCGCACUUUAUUACUUCAAGGCUCAGUCAACUACACCAUGGUUAGCCGAUUUAAGGGAAAGAAAGUGAGAAUCCUGUCACGGGACGAUGAACCCUUCAUUAUUCCUGGACCAAGAGAUUGGGAUGUUGACGAAAAGAUGCGAAACGAUCCCGAUAUAGAACAACUUAAUGGAACUAUGGACGUUUCCAAACAUAUAGUCACCUAUUUCAACACCACGCUUCCAACUCCGCUCUCAAUAGUUCGCGAUAUAAAAGCUGAAGACAGAAGAAAAGAAAAGUGCAACAAUGAAUCCAACAAUUUAUCAUCUAAUGGCGGUAAAUUGCCAGAAGUGGGAUUAGAAUUUUACCGUUGUGAAACUAAAAUGCCAACUUUAGUUACGCCUGUAUCGACAUCCACUUCAACACCAUCGUCGUCAUCACCUUCAAAUGAGACGUCGUCGUCAUUGACUGUGACCAAUAAUAGUUCAUCCAGUUCUAAUCAUCCUGUUGUAACACCCAUUAAUUCAUCAACUACUAGUAAUACAAAGAAAAUUAUCCAGGAAAAUGGACCUCUCAACUCUGAGAACGCUUUGGAUAUGACUAUGGAAAAGAAAAAUAAUUGUCAACUUUUUUCCACUCCAACUUCAAAUUUAUUACCAAAUUCGAAGAUCAAUAGUAUCGUCCACCAGAAGAAGAAACGACUUGAUGAUGUUUUAGGACGUAUUAGGAAAGAACAAACUGAGGAUGACAAUGCUCUAAGUGAAUCACCAAUAAUUCCAUCGGCAGCAGUAGCAGACACUGAAAACGCUGAAACUGUUGUCGUGAAGAAAGAACGUCAUCACGAUCAUAUCGACGAUGAACUUGCUGUUGUUAAUAAUAAUAAUAGUGCUACAGUUGUCGAGAAACGCCUACCAGUGCUGGAAAAUGGUUUGAGUGAUAGUAACAACCUCAUCAUGAUGGGAGGAGGUAGUGACAACUCCAACUUGUCGGCAGCUAAUUCAGAAAAUACCUGUGAUAGUAGUAAACAUUUUAAGCAUGUGGUGGACGUGAAAAUAGGUGACAUUACUAUAAGAGAUCCUGGCGCCGCAUUGAAAAGGAAGCGGGUUGAAGAUUACGAAGACGAGUGUUAUUCCAGAGAUGAAUCCAGUUUGUAUCUCGUGACGGAAUCGCAAGAUUCGUUAUCCAGACGAUGCCUAUCCAUCUGUAACAUUAUUAGAAAUUUAACUUUUGUUCCUGGAAAUGAAGUAGAGUUUGGAAAAUGCACAUCAUUCCUCAGCCUUGUUGGGAAAUUAAUUCUCCUCCAACAUGAGCAUCCUGUAAAGAAAGCGAAACCUAGUUCACCUUCUUCUUCCAAGCCGUCGUCGAAAACAUCUACUGAAACCGAUGAGGUAGAAAAAGAAUCUUCUGAGCAUCAAGAAAAACAGCCAAAGGAGAAAAAGGACGAAGACAACAACAAGGAGGACGAGAAGAUUGUUACGAAAGAGCCAACAUCCGAAUCUGCAGAGGAUGAAUCUUCUGAACCUAAAUCUACCACGAAUAACGAAGAGACGGCGGACGAGCAAAUGCAAGUUGAUGAACAACAUGACAAGGAAGAGGCAGAGGAGAAGAAGAAGGUGGAGAAAGCGAAAGAAAAAGACGACCAAGUUGAGGAGGUGGAGGAGGACGAAGAGGAGGAAGCAUUGUUCGCAGAAGAAGAAGAACCAGAACCUUCUGGGUCCGCUGCAGUGAUUGAAAUUGAAGCUGAUUCUUGCACCAGUCUUACGAACGAUGAUGAGUGGUGGUGGGACUAUGUUCAUCACAUACGAGAACAUGUACUUGUUAUGAUUUCAAACAUCUCUGGACAAAUGGACCUCAGUCAAUUUUCCGAAGAAGUCAGUAGGCCCAUACUUGACGGACUUUUACACUGGGCAGUGUGUCCAGCAGCGUAUGGUCAAGACCCUUUCCCAACACUUAGUCCUGGCGCAUAUCUCUCGCCACAACGCCUUGCCAUCGAAGCCCUCGUAAAGUUGAGUGUCAUUCAAGGAAAUGUGGAUUUAUUACUGGCUACACCACCUUAUUCAAGAAUAGAAAGACUGUGCCAACUCCUUUGUCGCUCUCUAUGUCGAACAGAAGAGCAAGUUAUGAGGGAGUUUGCUCUGAAUCUCCUGUAUUAUUUGUCUGCGGCGGAUUCUGGCGUAGCUAGAACAAUUGCUUUGCAAAAUCCAUGUAUAUCCUUACUCAUAUCAUUCAUUGAACAGGCUGAGCACAACGCUAUGAAUAUCGCAAACAACCAUGGAUUUUCUGUGCUCCGCGAGAAUCCGGAAGCAAUGGGAACUUCCCUGGACAUGUUGCGACGUGCGGCGAUGACUCUUUUAAAUCUGGCUCGACAUCCAGACAACCGUCCUCUCUUUGUUCAGCAUGAACCACGCCUCCUUCAACUCGUAAUGAGUCAAAUUUUAGAGCAAAAAGUAGCUGCAAUGGUCGCCCAAGUUCUCUACCAGUGUUCAACCCCCGAUGCUACCUGCUCUCAAAAAUACCUCUAUGCUUCAAAUAUGGAUACUUUCUACACUCCCUUAUUUUCUCGUUCAAAACCGACUUACUAAUCCCCUUGUUAAUCAUUGACUACAAAGUGGACCUAACCUCUGUUCAUUUCAAUAAUCGUUGGAUGCAUCGUCGCAGUCUAUCUAAACUGAUCAGAGUAAGAAGAAUCAAGGAACAGAAAUCCUCCACCCAUUCCCAUGGUUGGUUAGGUUGGCCUGCGGACCGUGGUUUAAAUUAUGUUCUUUUUAUUUGUACGACAAUUCAACCAAAAAAUUAAUAAUUAAUAUUACUUUUUCUAAGAGGUCUUUUCUCCUCUUUUUUGCAUUUCAAUCGAGCUGUUGGCUAUUUUCAAUACAAAAUUGUUUUUGUAAUUCCCAUAAAACAUAAAUAUUAUAUUCUGGUUGGUCGGUCACCAUUGUUCAAAGUAAACUAUAUAAACAUUAAAGGUUUAUAAUAAGUAUAGAAUUAUAUUUAAGUUGUAGCCAAACUCUUUAGUAAUCAUGAGGACAAAGCUUAGUUUGUAGUAAAAACAAGAAUUUAUACUGUUGAAAGGUACUUUUGGUACUUAUUACUAUAAUUAAGUAACAAAACGACUUAAUUUUUGAUGAAAUGAUCAUGUGAAAAAUGUCUGUGAAUUUUUGAAGAACUGCUUUUCUAUUUAUUAUAACAAAUUUACCAUAAAGUUUUAUGCUUGUACUGUACAUACAUAUAAUGAUAGUAAUAAUGAUAAUAGACUUAACCAAGUUAACUAUGCUGCUGCUGCGUUUUAUAUCUUGAAAAAUUAUAAAGGUUCUCAGAUAUACAAAUACUUCCGUAAGUUAUUUUCGUCACUAUAAAACUACUCUAUCAUGUAAAAAAGAAACACUAGAGUUUAAUUUCUAAUUUUAGCUAAAUUAUUAUGCGCUUCCUACAAAGUGCAAGUAAUUGUUAAGAUUUUUACUAUGAUAUCUUUUAGGAUGGCAUGAUGAUAAUGGGUAACGGAAUUUAUAUAUAGUUUGUUUAUAACUUUUAACGUAAGUUUUUAGUACCAUUUGUGACACUACUAUUACAUUUACUACUAGUAUAUGCAUAUGUUAAUAGAAUUUAGUUCAAUUAACGUUAAUCAGUGUAUGCUAUGGAGUAACCCGAGUCAGUUAUAUGAUACUGUAAUAGUUUUUCGAAUAUAUAAUGACAAUUAACUGAUGCUGCUGGGUGGUAAACGUCACAUGUAUAUGUUUGCGUACAAUCUGCAAAUCAAUGACGUUAUAUCAUUCAUUUUAGUGAUACAUAAAUGUUAAAACUAUAAUGAACCGAGCAAGAAAUAAAGAAAGAAAACGUAAAAGUUACACACACAAGCAGUGAAAAUGAAGGGAUGGAUAGUCACGUUAUAUAAGUUUUAAAAAAUCUCCAAGUCUCAACAUCUGUUUAUUACUUGUACAGUUUAGGAAUAUUGAUAAUAUAUAUCUGCGCUCAUUAUAUUAUUGAACAGAAGAAAUCUAUUGACUUGAUUAAAACUUAUAUAAAUAGAUUAAAUUUUGAAAUGCAAUUAAACUUGUGAAAUUUUGCAGAGUAAAAGUAAAAACUUUAAACAAUAGUUAUUUUCUUGUAGAUAUUAUUAUUACUACCAUUAUAACUCUAUUAUUAUCAUGUUGUAUACACAUAAAACAUACACUUUGUCGUAUUACUAAAAUCUACAUGCAAACUUAUUCCUGAUAUAAAUAAGGUGUGUGUUUACUUGUGGUACUUUAGUUAAAACUCCGUGUACAUGCAAAAUUUAUUAAGAAGUGGCCCUCGAAAGGUCAUUGAUAAUUAAAUUGAAAUGAAGUAUUUA